CCGGCUAAGUCGGUCACUGUCGCCACUGAGGAAAAUACGGCGCUCACGCAAACAGGGGGAACAAACGUGAAAGAGACGGAGAAUGAGCCUCUUUAAGGCAACGUCCCAGCUUCACCAAGCCCGAUUUUAAAGGUUCCAGACUGGAAUAUAAUAGGCACCAGAGGAUUCCUGCUUUGUCCUCUCUACCUGGGGCUUGUGACCGACGUUGGAUGUCUUCAGCUCUUUGUUUAAUGGAGAGAACGGAACCAAACUUCACUGCUGUUAACUAGCCCCCAAAUCAGAACCCACAUUUGUCUUAGAAGCUGAAAAUCAUCUUUUAGAAAGUUGCCUCUUCGAUUCUCCACCUUCUACCCCCAAUCUCUUAAUUAUGCUGUAGAAGUUGGGGCUUUUUGACCAUCUCUUACAAUCUGGUGCUGAUUUCACUGCAUGAUGACUUUCUAUUUUACUGGUAUUCGGAGCUUUCCUAAGCUUUGGAAGAGUAACCCAUACCUUGGCCUAGGCCCAGGACACGCCUAUCUCAGUCUCCUUCUCAAAGACUAUUAUGGUAUCAGGAACCAUAAGUGGUUUUCUCUUAAACCAAUGUCUCCACAAAAUACCAAAGCCAUGAAUCUGCUGAUUGCCAAGGCUAGAUAUGUCAGGAAAAGAGAUGAGGGUAGUAAUAAGCAAGUUUCUGCUGAUUCUCCUCAUCUCUUUGCAGCUGGAGCAGCUAAGAAGAGAUCAGAGAUGAAUCCUCAGAGUAAAGAUCAUUUCCUGCCGCCUGUGAGGAACAUUAUUCAACUCCCAACAAAACCUUUGAAUUCAGAGGAGUGGAAUAAACUUAAGGAAGAUUUCAAAGGAAAGACUAAUUUUGAGAAUUGGAUUCUUUCACAGAUGGUUAAAUAUCAUAGCUCUAUAGAUGUGGCUAAAUCUGUACUGGCUUGGGUAGCUGCAAACAACAAUGGUGUUAUAGGCUACGAUUUGCUGGUCAAGUAUUUGUAUCUCUGUGUUUUUCAUAAGGAAACGGCAGAAAUUAUUGAUGUCUAUGAAAUCAUGAAAGCCAGAUACAAGCGUUUAGAAUCUGGAGGGUACACUCUUCUCAUCCGGGGAUUAAUCCAUACAGACAGAUGGAGAGAGGCCUUGCUGCUGUUAGAGGACCUCAAAAAAGUCAUAAUCCCUUCAAAAAUGAACUAUAAUGACUGUAUCCAGGGAGCCCUCUUGCAUCAAGAUGUAAAUGUAGCUUGGAAGUUACAUCAGGAGUUGUUAGGUCAUGAUAUUGUUCCUAUGUUGGAAACUUUAAAAGCCUUCUUCGAUUUUGGAAAAGGAGUAAAAGAUGAUGAGUAUUCAAACAAACUACAAGACAUUCUUUUGUAUCUAAGAAAUAAUCAGCUGUAUCCUGGGGAGUCAUUUGCUCACAGUAUAAAAACAUGGUUUGAGAGUAUUCCUGGAGAACAGUGGAAAGGACAAUUCAUCACAAUCCAGCAAAGUGGUCAAUGCUUGGGCUGUGGAAAAACUGUAGAGUCUAUUCACCUGAGUUCAGAGGAGUAUGAAUUUCUCAAGGAAAGAAUCAUGAGGGAUGUGAUAGAUGGAGGUGACCAGUACAGAAAGACAACUCCUCAGGAACUUAAGAGAUUUCAGAACUUCGUAAGAUACUGUCCUCCUUUUGAUAUUGUCAUUGAUGGGCUCAAUGUUGCCAAGAUGUUUCCUAAAGCUCGUGAAUCACAAGUCCUCUUAGAUGUGGUCUCUCAACUAGCCAAGCAGAAUCUUAAAGUGCUGGUCCUGGGCCGCAAGCACAUGCUGAUGCAGAAUUCCCGGUGGAGAAAGGAUGAUAUGGAAAAGGUGCAAAAGCAAGCCAGCUGUUUCUUUGCAGACAACAUCUCAGAGGACGAUCCUUUCCUUCUGUAUGCCACGCUGCACUCGGGGAACCACUGCAAGUUUAUCACAAAAGACCUGAUGCGGGACCACAAGGCCUGUCUGCCUGAUGCCAAGACCCAACGCCUGUUCUUUAAGUGGCAGCAGGGACAUCAGCUGGCAGUCAUCAGUAGGCAUCCAGGAUCCAGAAUAACUUUUCAGCAUAUUCUGAGCUAUGACACCGUGGUGCAGACAACUGGAGACUCAUGGCACAUACCUUAUGAUGAAGACCUGGUGGAAAGAUACUCCUACGAGGUGCCAACCAAAUGGCUUUGCCUUCACCGGAAGACAUAGAGACUUACCGUUGUGCUAAACUUGUAUCUCCUGGUUGGUCUCAGAGCUCUUAAGUUGAUGCUUCUUUAGAGUGUUGUUUCUGUCCUGUCUGACCCAGUUUGUCCUGCUUGGUCCAGUUGGUGUGUAUAUUAACAAGUAAAUUUUUAAUUAAAUGA